GAAGCACACCUCCUACUCUCCUUUUCCCUUUCCCUUGAAGUGGGUUGGGCUCACUUUGGGCUGGUUUUGGUCAAUUGGUCUGGUGUUUGCAGAGUGGACUUGGCAGCACAGAUUGGAGUGGUUUUCACCAGCCGUAAUAGAUCUCGUAGAGCUGUUGGAUUGUUUUGACUGGACCUGUCAGUAUUCGUUUGACCCAUUUCAUCUCUGCGGAACCGGCGUUCUUUUGGUUCGAAAAAUACUCAGCAGCCACAACAACGAUUCAUUAAACUAGAAAAUGCCGGCUGUUUCGAAGGGAGAUGGAAUGCGAGGUUUGGCGGUGUUUAUAUCCGACAUCAGAAACUGUAAAAGUAAAGAAGCAGAGAUAAAGAGAAUAAACAAAGAACUAGCUAAUAUUCGUUCAAAGUUUAAAGGUGAUAAGGCAUUGGAUGGAUACAGUAAGAAGAAAUAUGUCUGCAAACUACUGUUUAUUUUUCUUCUGGGACAUGACAUUGAUUUUGGACAUAUGGAGGCUGUUAAUCUACUUAGUUCCAAUAAAUACACUGAAAAGCAAAUUGGUUACCUGUUCAUCUCUGUACUGGUGAAUUCUAACAGUGAGUUGAUCCGGCUAAUUAAUAAUGGUAUCAAGAAUGACCUGGCUAGCCGAAAUCCCACCUUCAUGAAUCUUGCCUUACAUUGCAUUGCUAAUGUGGGCAGUCGAGAAAUGGCAGAGGCCUUUGCAGGAGACAUUCCCAAGAUUCUAGUAGCUGGAGACACCAUGGACAGUGUAAAACAGAGUGCUGCCUUGUGUUUGUUGAGGUUGUAUCGGACAUCUCCCGAUUUAGUUCCAAUGGGAGAGUGGACUUCCCGAGUGGUUCAUUUGCUGAAUGAUCAGCAUUUGGGAGUUGUUACAGCUGCUACUAGUUUGAUUACAACCCUUGCACAGAAAAACCCAGAAGAGUUCAAGACAUCUGUAUCUUUGGCAGUGUCACGGCUAAGCAGGAUUGUAACAUCAGCAUCAACAGACCUCCAGGACUAUACUUACUACUUUGUUCCUGCUCCUUGGCUAUCUGUGAAACUUCUUAGGCUCUUACAGUGUUAUCCUCCUCCUGAGGAUGCAGCAGUCAGAGGACGCCUGACAGAAUGCCUGGAAACUAUCCUAAAUAAAGCACAGGAGCCACCUAAGUCAAAAAAGGUUCAGCACUCCAAUGCAAAAAAUGCUGUCCUUUUCGAAGCAAUCAGCUUAAUAAUACAUCAUGACAGUGAGCCUAAUCUGCUGGUGCGAGCCUGUAAUCAGCUGGGACAGUUUUUGCAACAUCGUGAGACUAAUCUACGAUACCUCGCACUAGAAAGUAUGUGUACGCUAGCAAGUUCUGAAUUCUCACAUGAAGCAGUCAAGACUCAUAUUGAAACUGUCAUUGGGGCUCUAAAGACUGAAAGGGAUGUAAGUGUGCGACAACGAGCUGUUGACUUGCUGUAUGCCAUGUGUGACAGAAGUAAUGCUCAACAGAUUGUAGCAGAAAUGUUGAACUACCUGGAGACAGCUGAUUACUCUAUAAGGGAAGAAAUUGUGCUGAAAGUAGCAAUUCUAGCUGAAAAGUAUGCUGUGGAUUACACGUGGUAUGUAGACACAAUCCUGAACUUGAUUCGCAUUGCAGGAGACUAUGUGAGCGAGGAAGUCUGGUACAGAGUCAUACAGAUUGUCAUCAAUCGGGAAGAUGUUCAAGGCUAUGCUGCUAAAACAGUCUUUGAGGCCCUGCAAGCACCAGCUUGCCAUGAAAAUUUAGUGAAAGUUGGAGGAUACAUAUUGGGAGAGUUUGGAAACCUGAUUGCGGGAGAUCGGAGAUCCAGCCCCUUGAUUCAGUUCAAUUUGCUACACUCUAAAUUUCACCUCUGCAGUGUGCCCACACGGGCCUUGCUACUUUCCACUUAUAUCAAAUUUGUAAAUCUAUUCCCGGAGAUCAAAACCACCAUCCAAGAUGUUUUACGAAGUGACAGUCAACUAAGAAAUGCAGAUGUGGAGCUUCAGCAGCGAGCAGUGGAAUAUCUGCGACUAAGUUGCAUUGCUAGUACAGACAUUCUGGCCACGGUCCUGGAGGAGAUGCCACCCUUCCCAGAAAGAGAGUCCUCUAUUUUAGCUAAGCUAAAGAAAAAGAAGGGUCCUGGAAUGGUUUCUGAGAUAGAAGAAAUAAAGAAAGAGAGAAAUGUAGAAAUGAAUGGAAGUACAGAACCUGCAACAAACGCUAGCACUGUGACUCCUCUCUCCUCUUUUUUCCUGGACCUCCUUGCUCAGCCUGCCAUUGAACGUCCUCAUCCCACCAAGUCUUUACCACAGGCUCCUAUUUUAUCUGCUUCCUUCUCAUUUCCAGGGACCUGCCCUCUUCUCCCUGAAAGAAGCCUUUCCCUUGAGUCCACGCCAUCUCCCUCUACUGACCUCCUUGGUAUAGAAUCUACAGCAGUCUUGAAUUCUGUGCCACUUAACUCAACAGGUGGUAGUCUUCUGGUAGAUGUUUUUUCAGAGAAUUCCGCACCAGUUGUAACACUUGCUGCAGCUGCAGAAGAGAAUUUUUCCAGUAGUUCAGACCUGACUUCCUCUGAUAAUAAUAUUGAUGAUCCUGCUACAGCUGUGCAUGUUUCUGAUGAUGAUGAUGAUGAUGAACUGAGUGACACGUUUGUGUGUAAAAAUAAUGGUGUUCUGUUUGAAAACCAGCUGUUGCAAAUUGGGCUGAAAUCGGAAUUUAGACAGAAUCUUGGUCGAAUGUAUGUCUUUUAUGGAAAUAAAACAUCCACACAGUUCUUAAGUUUCUCUUCAAAUGUGAUCUGUCAGGAUGGUCUUAAAAAUCAACUAAAUAUACAGACAAAACCAGUCGACCCAACAGUGGAAGGUGGUGCUCAGGUGCAACAGAUUUUGAAUAUUGAAUGUGUAUCAGACUUUACAGAGGCCCCAGUUUUAAAUAUUCAGUUUAGGUAUGGUGGAACUCUUCAGAAUGUCUCUGUUAAGUUGCCUGUUACACUGAACAAGUUUUUCCAGCCCACAGAAAUGACUUCCCAGGAUUUCUUCCAACGAUGGAAGCAGCUUAGCAAUCCACAGCAAGAAGUUCAGAAGAUUUUCAAAGCAAAACAUCCAAUGGAUACAGAGGUGACAAAAGCAAAGAUAAUUGGUUUUGGCGUGGCCUUGCUGGAUGGAGUAGAUCCCAACCCCUCUAACUUUGUUGGAGCUGGAGUUAUCCACACAAAGACAAUCCAAGUUGGGUGUUUGCUUCGCUUAGAACCAAAUACUCAAGCCCAGAUGUACCGCCUGACAUUAAGAACAAGUAGAGACACUGUAUCACAAAGGUUGUGCGGACUUCUUUCAGAACAGUUUUAAUUAACAGUCAUUUCUCAGUAGCUUAACAGCAAAUUCUUACCCUGUCUUGCAGAGAUGCAAGCUUAUAAAACUUGUCCUGUUUGUACAAUUGUGCUUUUUUUAAUUGUUUUUCAUAAUCUAAACCGUUCCAUACUUUGUAACUUUUCUGACCCCCCUUUCUCUAAUUGAUUUUCAAAUGAUACAAUGUACAGUGUAAAUUAAAAAAUAUAACUGUUUUUGCCAUUUAGCUUUACUAAUUACAUGUUUACUAUGCUCCUUUUUAUUGGUAAGCAAAGCCUUUUUUGUUACAAAAUAUAUAUGUAUAAAAAAAAGAGUAAAUUGAAUGUGACUGGA